AUGACAAAAGCCAAUGGUUUGAAGAAUAUUAUGUUUAUGAAGAUGAACGACAAGAGAUAUAAAGGAGCCGAAGCAAAGCCAGAACGACAUGGUGGAAGAGCCGUUGCCAAAAUUCCAAAACCGAAACCCAUAAAUGAGACAGAAGGGUAUCGGAUCAUAACUGAUCUGUUCAGACGAAAAGAUGCCAAGGCCAUUGUGAAAAUGGGAUCCUCGGUUGACGUGCUGGGGAUGUCUCCACUCGCCCUGGCUGCCAGUGUGGGUCACAAGGACGCCGUUGUCUGCCUCCUCACAGCCAACGACAACGUCAACCGUCAGUCACCGGAUGGGAAUUAUCCUCUCAUUCAAGCGGUGCGAGGAAAGUUCAUGGAAAUCACAGAGCUGCUCCUGAAGAAAGGGGCGUUAGUGACGCUACAAAAUUACUAUGGGACCACAGCGCUGCACCUGGCGACGGAGAAGAAGUGGGAGGGCUGUGUUGAGUUCCUGCUGUUGAACGGAGCCGAUGUCAACAGCCGCAACGCUAAUGGCUGCACUGCCCUCUUCAUCGCCGUCGUCACGGGCGACCUGAAGCUGACGGAGAAGCUGGUUGCACAGGGUACAGACAUCCUAAUCGAGGACAAUGAUGGCUUCUCCGCCAUAUGUCGCGGCAUCGAGGCGGAGAAGGAAGACAUCGUCAAGUACCUGAUGACCAAACUCAGCAACUCCCAGAAAGAGUUCUACGCCAAGGUAGGUCCAAAGCGACAAAUGUUCGACAAGAGGCGAUGGAAGUGA